CACGUACAACCAAUCUCUGUUCCAUUUAAGCAUAAUUCUUAAUAAUCCACCCACCCGUACAUAGUUUCCGUCAAUAAUGGUUCAGUCGCCUCCCCAGGUGGCGCCAAUGACUACUAGGAGAUAACUUCCGGGUCUGCGCCUCUGCGCCGCCGUGGCGCACGAAGUAUUUUAACAUCAUGAAGCAUCAUCAAUUAUAGCCACAGCCGGCUAUUUAUAUGACUGCGUUCUCAAUCUUUUGAUGAGCUAGUGCUUGUCACUUAUCUAAACUCACUAGCUAGCGAAAUAAUCGACAUUGAUAUCGAACAUAUACAAAAAAAAGCAGCAUAUACAAAAAUGCCUCGCUCGCGUUCAUCUUCGCCUAACCCCGCCAACCAGGAGCGUGGAUACAAAGCGGCCCUACACAAUCCUCGGGUCUCUCAGGGAGCAAAGCAACACGCUCAGGAGGUUCUCCAAAACGAGUUUGGCGAGACCCAGACACGUGCCGGUAGUGAAGACGAAAGUUUCAGCAAGUAUGGCUCGCAGCCUGUGCAGAGCAGUAGAGGAGAGCAGAAAAGCCGACAGAAUGUUGUUAGGGGCUUGAAGGCUGCAACGCAAAACAUGUCGAAUAGCGAUGAAGGAAGAGCUCAUGCUCGAUCCAAAUUGGAGGACCUAGGCCAGAGCCCGGACGAGUAAACCUUUCGAUGUUCUAAGGUGCAGCUCACUACCAGUUGACCAAUUGCCUAGCGUAAUGUUGGAGGUGUCAGAUUCUCAGGGUGUCGAAAAAGAACUCAAGUGUAAUAUAGAUGAUACAAG